AUGGGAAGUGAUGAGACAGAAAUUCCAUCAGCACCUGGAUGGUCCUCGGUCGGGGCUGCUUGCCGCGAAAAGAAGUUCAAGCCACCGCAUGGUCCAGGGUCCGAUUGUGGAGAGGACACUAGACCAGUCACGGUUAGGUUGAGCGGUGGCGGAGUGUUUGGAGCGCUGCGGCGUACACUUCCGGCUUUCAAUGCUACCGAAGCAUUCACGUGUCGCAAGAGCGUGCACAACAAGGCACAGUCUGGAUACAAGUCUGUUCGCCAGUCUCCGUUCCUGACUGCCUUCCGUGCUCGUGCUGCUUCGACAAGACAGCAAUCGACAGCAGCUCCUUCCCCGUCACCCCUCUCCGAGUUGAGCAAGACCAUUGGUCAGACCUCGGCUUCGGCCAAGCACACGAUCGGUCAAAAAGCUUCGGCUCCUGCUAGAAAUAAGUAUUUCCCCGAACAAUCGGACAAGAAGGUGGGCUACUGGUUGCUCGCAAGUUCUGCCAGUGUCUUUGGUAUCGUCAUCUUUGGUGGUCUCACCAGACUGACCGAAUCUGGACUGAGUAUCACCGAAUGGCGCCCUGUCACCGGCUCUCUCCCUCCCAUGAACGCCGAGAAGUGGGAAUCCGAAUUCGCCCUCUACCGUGCCUCGCCCGAGUUCAAGCUUCUCAACCCUCGUAUGACUUUGGAAGAAUUUAAACAAAUCUACUGGAUGGAAUGGAUUCACAGGCUGUGGGGUCGUUUCAUUGGCAUCACCUUCCUGCUCCCUACCGCCUACUUCAUCGCCCGUCGCCGUGUCUCUGCCGGCAUGGCUCUCAAGCUUACCGGUAUUUGCGGUUUGAUCGGAUUCCAGGGUGUGAUCGGUUGGUGGAUGGUCGCAAGUGGUCUCAAGGAUGAUUUGUUUGCUCCUGGAAGCCACCCUCGCGUCAGUCAGUACCGUCUGACUGCUCAUUUGGGCACCGCUUUCAUCUGCUACCUUGCCAUGUUCUGGAAUGCUUUGUCCAUCUUCCGUGAGAACCGUCUCUUGGCCAAGCCAGAAAAGGCUCAAACCUUGCUCAAGCAGAUGAUGGUCCCUGAACUCAAGUUCUUCCGCCGCAGUGUCGGUGCUCUUCUUGUCUUGGUCUUUGUUACUGCCAUGUCCGGAGGCCUUGUCGCUGGUCUGGAUGCUGGUCUCAUCUACAACGAAUUCCCCUACAUGGGUCUUGGUCUGACACCGCCCAAGAAAGAGCUGUUUGACACUUUCUACAGCCACGUUCCUGACAACUCUGAUCUUGUAUGGCGUAACGCCCUCGAGAACCCUUCUCUCGUUCAGCUCGACCAUCGCAUUCUGGCAACUACCACCUUCACCGCUGUUAUGGCUCUCUGGGCUUAUACUCGUUUCAACCCUCGCGUCCGUCAUUUCCUGACUCCUGACGCAAAGAAGGGCAUGCGUGGUGUUGUCCACCUCGUCUGGUUGCAGGUCGCUCUCGGCAUCUCCACUCUGCUUUACAUGGUCCCCACUCCUUUGGCCUCUAUGCACCAAGCAGGUGCGCUGGCUUUGUUGACUGGCACUAUCGCUCUCGGCAGCCGUGUCUGGUACCCCAAACGUGCCGCCAAGCUCGUCGCUCAAAGACUUGCUCAGAGUGCUUCUCCCCCUUCGGCCAUUGCUAAGCGAGGCCCUGGCGCCAUGCUUGCCGCCCGCACAGGUUUGCCCGCCCGCUCGUAG